AUGGAAGAAUCCAUACCGUUAGAUCUAACAAUCAUAUCAGCCAGCAAGAUGGACGUCUAUGCAGUCGCCUCUCUCAGCAGCAACCAUCGCCGCAAACACAAAACACACAUCCAUAUGUGCGGUAGCAGAAACCCAAACUGGAACUACCCCACAACAAUCGACGUCCCCAUCACAAACAACCAUGGUAUCAUUCUCAGCUUCAAGCUCUUCUCCUCUUGCUUCUUCCACCCUGACCGUCUAAUCGGUGAAGUCCUUGUCCCCAUCAAAGACCUCCUCGACACCUUUCAUUAUGGAAGAGAUCCCUCAGUCGUCGAGUUCGUGAGUUAUCAAGUUAGAAAACCUUCUGGAAAACCCCAAGGCAUCUUGAACUUCUCUUACAAGUUCAGAGGUGAGGUAGCUAAAGUCAACUGCUCUAUUACGGCUCGCUACAACACAACAACUCUAAGCUUCCUGCCAUUGCUUGGAGUUAUUGCACCUUCGUUGAGAGGCACAACAAGUCAAAGCUUCCAGCCAUUGCUUAGAGUUAUUGCACCUCUGUUGAGAGGCACAAUAACUCCAAGCGCCCCUAUGAUUGAGGCACAUGAGUCUGUUACACCUCAAUCAAUGGGGGUAAAUACAACAUCUCUAAGUGCUCCACCAGCGCUUGGGAUUAUUGCAUCUCCAUCAAGAGGCACAACAAUUCCAAGAGCUAAGGAACUUAGGGUUGCCCCACCACCGAUGAGGCCUUGCCCAUCAGCCCCGAUGUACCCAGGACCAAUGAUAGGAUAUGUGGCAAGUCCUGAUUAG